AUGAAGCUGUGCAUCGUGCUCCUGUCCGCCCUGGCGGCCGCCGGCGUGCAGGCCGCGCUGCUCAACAGGAACUACCUGCCGCCCCCGGGGGCGGCGCAGGCCGGUGGCGGCCCGGGUCUCCUGCCCCCGACUCGCCGGCCCCCGGCAGGAGUGGGCCCCGGGACCGCCCCCGGCUCCGCCCCUGGGUCCGCCUCCGGGUCCGCCUCCGGGUUCACCCCCGGGUCCGCCUCCGGCGCUGCCCUCGAGCCCACGCCCGUUCAGACGCCCGGCAACUUCCUCGAGACGCCUGUCGCAGACGGCACCCCGGACGCCGGCGGUGCCCCCACGGCCCCAAGCCCCGACAACGCCCCCGGUAACGUCCCGGACACCGCCCCCGACAGCGCGGCGCCCGGCGUGGCCGCGGACACGUCGCGGCCGCCCGCCGUCGCCAUCAUCAAGAUGAUCAACCAGAACAACGGCGACGGCACGUUCACGUACAGCUACGAGUCGGAGAACGGCAUCGAGUUCUCGGAGCAGGGCGAGCUCAAGGACGACGGCGCCGAGGGCCUAAACUCGGUGAAGGGCAUGUACGCGUACACGGGUCCCGACGGCGUGCGCUACAGCGUGUCGUACACCGCGGACGAGAACGGCUUCCAGCCCGUCGGCGCCCACCUGCCCACGCCGCCGCCCGUGCCCGCCGCCAUCCAGGCCCUGCUCAUCGACAACCAGGACGAGGCCGCGCCCACCGCCCCUGCUCCCCAGGAGGGCGUCGACGAGGGCGCCGCCCCCGGGCCCGCUCAGGACAACGCAGACUCCACUCCCGGCCCGACCGGCGGUCCCCAGGACACGGAAGCUCCGGAAGAGCGGCCUAGUGCUCCCCAGGACGGCGGCGACGCCCCCAGCGAGGCUGGCGACUUUAGCAGUCCGGCUGCCCCCGUCAGCCCCACGGCACCUAGCACCUUCGGCCAGCUCCCGGCCUACGGCACCAGACCGCAGGCGAGACCUCAGAGCACUGGCGCCUACCAGGGCUCCCAGCAAUCCCAGGCUCCCGGUGGAUACCAGCGCCCCCAGCAGCCCCAGGGUAACAACGAGUACCAGCGCCCCCAGCAACCCCAGAGUACCGGUGGGUACCAGCGCCCUCAGCAGCCUCAGGGUCCCACUGGGUACCAACGCCCGCAACAGGGCCCCGCUGGGUACCAGCGCCCCACGCAGCCCCCCCAGCAGGGCCCGAGUGGGUACCAGGGCCCAACUCCCACCAGCUUCGCUCCUAGCCCAGCGCGGCCACAGCAGGGAGCCGGGUCGUUCGGUGGGUACCAGGUCGGCGGGCCCCAGACGGUGCCGCCAACUGCUUUCAGCCCCAGUACGGCUCCCGGCAGACCCAGCAGGCCCCAGGCCACGGCGCCGACCUACGCCCUGAGCGGGUUGCAGGCUUCGAGCCCGAUCUUCACCCCCAGCAGCCCUCUAGAGACGGGGGCCACUUUCCCCGGCAGACCUCAGACUACUCGCCCAACGUACAGCCUCGGCGGGUCUCAGCAGGCCAACCCGACCUUCGCGCCCAGCGCGCCCCAGCCCACCCCGACCACCCCGACCUUCGCGCCCAGCCCCAGCGCACCCGAGCCGACGCCGGCCGUCACCAUGAGCGAACCCCAGGGCACGCUGUCGCUCUCUGCCGACGCCAAUCCGGAGCAGGACAAGCUCGGCGAGACGGCGAUGCAAGGAGAGCCCCAGGACUUCGGGACGAGGCUGCCCCCGGCGCAGUCCUUCUCGCCGGACUCUGGGUACUACUACAAGAGAUAGUCGAACGUAAUAAAGAGUUGGUUGAAUG